CAACUGACAUUUCCAUUCCUUGCAUCUCCCAUUUCUUUUUCUUUUCCUUACAAAAUUCAUUUUUGUUGUUUUGUGAGCACUGAAAAAAACCCUACCCUCACAAGUCCUACAUAGCCAACACCUCAUUCCCAUUUCUCAUUUUGUUUUCCUCUUUAAUUAAUGUGCUAUUUCCCUUAUCACUGUCACUACAGCAGAAACAAAUAGAAGAACAACAAAAAGCCUUACAUCAACCCCACUCAUUGUCCUCUUCUUGCUAUCACUCUAUUUUUUCUCUCUUUUAUCAUCUAUCCAUUAAACCCUUCAAUUUUCUCAUAUUGAACCAGCCACCCUUUUGUUGAACAAGUAAAAAUUACUACUACUAGUAUUAUUAUUCAACAACUAAAGGAAUUAGCAAAUACCCACAUGGAUCUGUCACACUUCAUUCUCAGCUUAUCUUUUGCUUUCCUCAUUCUAUGGAAAGGUGUUUUAGGAGCUACAUUUACAUUUGUGAACAAAUGUGAGUACACAGUAUGGCCAGGUAUUCUAGCAAAUGCAGGUACUCCAACUCUACAAAGCACUGGAUUUGAACUUCCACAAGACUCUUCACGUGCAUUCACUGCACCCACUGGUUGGUCGGGUCGGUUUUGGGGCCGAACAAGUUGCUCAUUUGAUGGAUCCGGGUCGGGUUCUUGCGGAACCGGUGAUUGCGGGUCGGGUCAGGUAGAAUGCAAUGGUGCUGGAGCUGCUCCACCGGCAACUCUAGCAGAGUUCACAUUGGGAACUGGUGGUCAAGAUUUUUAUGACGUCAGCUUGGUUGAUGGGUAUAAUUUACCCAUGGUGGUAGAAGCGUCGGGCGGGUCAGGUAUGUGUGCAACUACGGGUUGUGUUACGGAUCUUAACCGGAUAUGUCCAUCGGAGCUGAGGAGUGGAGGUGGUGACGCGUGUAGGAGCGCGUGUGAAGCGUUUAACAAGCCAGAGUAUUGCUGUAGUGGCGCGUACAAUACACCGGCGACCUGUAAACCGUCGAUGUACUCGCAGAUGUUUAAAUCUGCUUGUCCAAGAUCUUAUAGCUACGCUUAUGAUGAUCCUACCAGCACUUUUACUUGCAGCGGUGCUGAUUAUACCGUCACAUUUUGUCCCUCUACCCCAAGUCAAAAAUCUACAAAAGAUACGACACCAACGACAACACCACCACCCAAUGUUGAUGGGACCCCCUAUGGUGGAACAGGAGUUGUGGACCCUACAACAGGAACCGGAUCAAGUACAGGCCAAAUGGGUACUGGAUCAGGAACCGGGUCAAGUUCAGGCCAAAUGGGUACUGGAUCAGGCGCCGGCUUUGAGUACGGGGCUGGAACAGGAUACGGGUCAGGGUCAGAUUACGGGUCAGGAUCCGAAACACAGCCCGGAUCCGGGUCGCAAGCUAUGCUAGCAGAUGGGUCAUAUUUAGCUGGAUUAGCAAUGGGAGAAUCCACAAGGGCUUUUUAUCCAACAGCUUUGAAUUUAGUAGGCAGUGCUUUGUUUGCAACUUUGGUUUCAUUUGUUUUCUUGUAGCUGUAAUAGGAGUAUGGUUUUUUGCCUUUUGUCUAUUAAAGCUGAUAGAUUCCUCCAGAUUGUAAGCCACCACUUUCCAUAUAUUAAUGUUCUUUUUAGCUAUGAA